GGCACCGCGCAGGGGCGGCAGCGCGCAGAAGGUCCGCGGCAGGUCCUUGCUGAUCUGCUUGCGGUCCUUGGCCACGGCCUCGUCGCUCCUCUCCGCGGAGGUCGACAGGAGGCUCGCGUAGUAGCGGCGCUCCUGCGCGACGUGCCCACCCAGCGCGGCGCGCCGCUUGCUGUUUGCGAGACCGUGGUAGCGCUCGGUGCGCUGGCGCUCGGCGGAGCCGUCCUCGUCAGAGAGCAGCAUCCCAGCAGCGCGUUCCACACAAGACGGCGUCAGACGAUAAACAUGAUAGAGCCAGCGAGCGCAGCAAGCAUCACCCCCGGGCCGCCAUGUCAGGACACGGCGCUUGAGCAGCGAUGGCU